AUGGAAGAACAUCGAAGUGGUAUGGAAACAAGUAUAUUUGGUGAUGAAGAUGUUGUAUCCACGUCUAAUAAUGCACCAGCAUUGGUUCAUGCUGAACAAAGCAAUCGCGGUUCAUUGAAACAUCGUGGUGCUCUCAGAAAUAAUUCGGAACCAAUAACUGAUAAUGACGAGAUAAUUGUCGAUGAGACCUCUCCACCUAUAUCAAGUCGGUAUGGAGAUUUCCAUACUAUAGAUUGGCAGCGAGAUUUAGCACGAGACAGACUACGUCAUAAAUUUGUCGUCAAACGAUCAGAAAGCUCUCUUGGUAAACUAUAUAGUUUAUGGGAUGCAGGAAGUGGCUGGGUUUGUGUAUUAAUGGUUGGUCUUGCUGCUGGUACAGUAGCAGGUAUCAUUGAUAUUGGAGCACGCUGGAUGAGUGAUUUAAAAGAUGGAGUAUGUGCUGAUCGGUUCUGGCUUGAUCGUGAGCACUGUUGCUGGUCAGCAAAUGAUAGUGUGUACAAGGAUGCCGAUUGUUCUGCUUGGACUUCAUGGCCUGAAGUGAUGAAAAUUUACGAUCGAAAUAUUCUUUAUUAUGUGAUGGAAUUGUUCUUUUACUGUAGUUGGAGUGUAUUGAUGACAGGAGCGACUGUAAUUUUGGUUAAAAUCUUUGCUCCGUAUGCCUGUGGUUCAGGUAUACCCGAAAUAAAGUGUAUAUUAUCUGGUUUUAUCAUUAGAGGCUAUUUGGGUAAAUGGACUUUUAUCAUCAAAUCUGUUGGUUUGAUAUUAGCAUCUGCAUCAGGUUUGAAUUUGGGAAAAGAAGGUCCUAUGGUUCAUCUUGCAUGUUGUAUAGGGAAUAUUUUCUCUUAUUUGUUUCCGAAAUAUGGCUUAAAUGAAGCUAAAAAACGAGAAAUCUUAAGUGCUUCUGCUGCAGCCGGUGUUUCAGUUGCUUUUGGUGCUCCUAUUGGAGGAGUUUUGUUUAGCUUGGAAGAAGCAAGUUAUUAUUUUCCUCUCAAAACUAUGUGGCGUUCCUUUUUUUGUGCUCUUAUUGCUGGAAUUAUUUUGCGAAUAAUGAAUCCAUUUGGGAGUGAUCAGACAUCGUUAUUUCACGUUGACUAUAGCAUGAAAUGGACAUUCAUUGAAUUAGUUCCUUUUGCUGGCCUUGGAUUGUUUGGGGGUAUAAUUGGAAGUUUGUUCAUUUGGGCAAACAUCAAAUGGUGCCGGUUUCGAAAAUCGAACAGUACAUUGGGAAACAAUCCUGUAAAAGAGGUCCUUGUUGUAACACUUAUCACUGCAUUUGUCAGUUAUUUCAAUAUAUAUACACGGCGAAGUUCAUCAUCACUAAUUAAACAAAUUUGUUGGGGAACUGUCUUUGUGGUAUUUAUUUCUCUUGACUGGUUAAAAAAAACCUGGCAGUUUUACGAGUUGCAGCUUUUCGAUCGUUGUGGGCCAGAAGAUUUUAUGAUGGAUCUCUGUGACUAUCAAAAUAAAACUUUUUCUUCUGACAAAGUUGAUGACAACUAUCAUACAGGAGAAUUUGGGGCGGGUGUACAUAGUGCUUUUAUUCAACUAAUUCUGGCAUUGAUAAUAAAAUUCGUGUUAACAAUAUUCACGUUUGGUAUCAAGGUUCCUGCUGGUUUGUUUGUUCCAAGUCUUGCAAUGGGUGCUAUUGCUGGACGCUUGCUGGGUAUAACUGUAGAGGGUGUUGCCACCUCUUUACAAGUGUGUCAAAAGUUUCCAUAUCAGUAUUGUUAG